UUAAAGUUACAUCGUAUGAUUGCAGUGGCGCAGAGCGACCUGUCUUCGCUGGUAGGGCUCUCCCCAACCCUAAGAAAGCCCACAACAUUUGCAACUGUUGAUGACGACAAAGGAAGGCAUUUGUUUUUUGGACUCCCAGGAAACCCCGUGUCCGCCAUUGUGACGUGUAACCUAUACGUCAUACCAGCACUCAACAAAAUGCUUGGUGAUGUAAGUCCUGAGAGGACAGUGAUCAAGGCAAAGGCAGAGAAAGAUAUUCACCUUGAUCCCCGCCCAGAGUACCACCGUGUUGUGCUAAAAUGGGACCCCAAAGAGGACCUGCCGUUUGCAUGCAGCACAGGGAGCCAGAUGAGCAGUAGGCUACUAAGCAUGUCCACAGCCAAUGCUUUACUCAUGCUUCCACCGCGUACAGAUGAAAAGAUGGUUGUUUUGAAGGGAGAAACUGUGGACGCCAUGAUAAUUGGUCGACUAUGAUACUGCUUUUCCAUCAUGCCCAUCGUGGUGAAACUUGUGCAUUUAUAGCGUUCAUAUGUAUAUAGCCAUGACGAAAAUGUAUUGCUCAGUGCUCAGCAAUGUACGUCAUACGAUAUGGUGGUAAUAAAGGGAUUCUGGUACAAUUAAUAGUAUUAUAUGAGUAAGGGUGAAGGAUUAAAAUAGCAUUAAAAGAUUAAAUUGUAUUUCCCAUUUAAUUAAUGAAUUAAUAUGUUAGAAAUUAAGUUUAAAUAAUUCAAGGGGCAUCGACAUUAUUAUAACAGCUUGUAGCAAUUGCUCAAUUAAUGAGUUCAUGAUUAAAUGUAAAGGAAUUCGAUAUCCAUAGAAUUACAAAAUAUUUUUUUCACUUUGUAAUUGAUUAAUUAAUUUUCUAUUUACACAGUUACGACACCAUUAUAAUCAUGUAUCAAUCAGACGUUAUAUUCACUUGAGUCGAGUAUUACAUCAUACGUCCACAUUAAAUACGUCAAACUGCAAGUUGUGUUAAGCAGCAAUUUUUCAUUACAAAUAAAUGUUG